CAAACAUACCAAAACUUAACCAAACAAAUAUACAAAAAAACAGCCAGAAUCAACGGAGAUCUCGAAUGCUUGAAACCUAAAUUUCUGUGGAGCGCUAGCUUUCAGUGUCCUAAGUUCUGAUCAGUACUCAUCUGCCUACCACUCGCCUUCAGGCAACCCAUACCUCACAACAAAUAACACGAUGGCUUCAACUGAGGUUAACAAUGCGCCUAAGAAGGUCCAUGGCACACAUACUAAGCUACCGGCCAUCUCAAAAGGCGCCCGUGUCGAAAAGCGCCCCCUAACCAGGCGCCAGGCUCCAGCAUCAUCCAAAUCCCGGAUUAUCUACGUGUCUUCUAAAACGCCUUUCAUGGCAGCCGUAAAGCGCGUCCGCAAGCAGCUCGACGCCUCGCUCAAGAAGACCGACGCGGCACCGAAGCACACGUCGCUGCACGCGCGUGUCGAGGGUCUUAAGCGGACUGCCGGCGGUGCGAGCGAUGGUGGUGCGGUGACACUUCUGGGCACCGGAAAAGCAAUUGAAAAGACCAUUUCCCUUGCAGGCUGGUUUGAGCAGGAGGGGGACUGCGAGGUGGAGAUCAAGACGGGCACUGUUGGCACCAUAGAUGAUGUGGUGGCCGAAGGCGACGAGGAGGACGAAAGCCGCCUGAGGAAGCUCAACUGUUUGGAGGUCCUGAUUAAGCUCAAGUGAGAUAGCUCCGCAGGUAACGGCGAUAAGGGAUCUAGGUGCACGACAGCAUGGGCGUGUCGCAUCCGAUCUACCAGUCUCGAGAAGUAAAACACAUUCCACGGCGUCCGAGUCGGAAGGCGCGGAUACGCAAGUAUGAUCCACAGGACCAAGGUCAAAUCUGACAGUAUCGAGAUCCGAAAGCUGAGUCGAGUCUGUUGGACGAGUUAGAAGAAUCUUUGGAAGGCCGCCGAUCCAGAUGAUCUGGGUUGCCUUUGCGAAACGGUGAUUAUGAAUCAAUCAAAUCAAAGGCCGUCUUACAUAUGGUCAAAAUCCUAAUGGCUGAUAGGAGUUGGGCGUGAUUGGACGGGAAUUGUAUCUCGAGUAUUUGGCUUAGAAUAGCCGCCAGGAAGAAGUGGAUGGUGGUUGCUUGUUAAUCC